AUGACUGUUGCGCGUUCUGAUCAUACAUCAUCUGUUUUGAACGAUGGAAAAGUGUUAAUGAUUGGUGGAUAUGUGAAUAGUGCUGAGUUAUAUGAUCCAUUAACAAGUAUGUGGACACCUACUGGUAAUAUGACUAGCGUACGAUACAUCUUUCCAUCAACUCGAUUAAAUAAUGGACAAGUGUUAGUUUCUGGUGGUCCUGAUAAUAGUGCCGAGUUAUAUGAUCCAUUAACAGGAACAUGGGCAACUACAGGUAACAUGACUGUUGCUCGAUGUAGGCACACAGCAUCAUUACUAGCCACUGGCAAAGUGCUGGUAACUGGUGGAGAUGCUACUGGUUGUAGUGGUACUUCUAUGAAUAGUGCCGAGCUAUACGAUCCAUCAACAGGAAUAUGGACCAGCACUGGAAGUAUGAACUAUGCGCGAUAUCAGCACAUAGCAACUGUGCUACCUAAUGGAAAGGUGUUAGUUACUGCUGGUUCUCCUCCGAACAAUGCUGAAAUAUAUGAUCCAUCGACAGGAAUUUGGACAGUGACUGGUGCUUCGAGUGAUCAGCUAUAUUUGCAUGCUGCAACUUUGUUAGACAAUGGAAAAGUGUUAAUCAGUGGUGGACGCAAUGGUGGUACUUAUUACAAUACUGCUGAAUUAUAUGAUCCAUUGACAGGAAAUUGGACAAGGACUGGAAAUAUGAAUACUGGCCGAUAUGAACACGUAUUAACUGUAUUACCCAAUGGAAAAGUGUUAGUGACUGGUGGAAUGAAUGGUGCUACUUAUUUGAAUACUGCUGAAUUAUACGAUCCAACAACUGAAAUCUGGACAACAACUGAGAAUAUGAACACUCCCCGAAGUUUUCAUACAGCGUUUGUGCUAUCUAAUGGAGAAGUGCUAGCGAGUGGUGGUUGGACCACUGGUGUUACUUCCACAAAUAGUGCAGAAGUAUAUUAUUUCGCUGAAACAGAUUAA